AUGAGUGGAAAAAAAAAACCUGAGCAAAUGCCGCUGCUCUCGCCAAAUACAAGUUUGAAAUCUGAUGAAUCCGAAUCCCAUCACAGUCCUGGACGUAAUAGUCAUCACGGGAAAAGCUUUACGAAACUUCACGGAGACUCAUUUGUUUUUGGUAAAGAGAAAGGCCGUCCUGAUAUAGAUUUUGACGAACCUGAUUCUUUGGGUAUUCUACAUGAAAGUGAAGGGUCAUCCGCAAGAGAGGAGAGAGACACCUUUAUUGACCAUCGACCAACUUUGAGCCGGCUUGGUGGUAGUAAGGCGAGGAGUUUAUCGAAUAAUUUCGUGCACAGAGCCUCAUUGCCGGCUGUUCUUACGAAAAGUCAUAGCAGCAAAAAAUUGAAGGAACAAGAAUUAUUCAAAAAAUCCAACCUGUCGAGGUUAAGUCCGUCUGAGUUGGAAGCUUGGGCAAAAAAUGGGAACUAUGGUGGCGAUCCGUAUGGAAGUGGCAUGAACAGGCCCCAGGGCCCUCACAGAAGAAAUACACUAGGAUCAGAGGAUGUUGUGAUUGACGUUGAUGAACUUAUGCAGCAUGUACGUAAUAAAACCAAAGAACAGAGGAGCAAUGCCGGUGACAAUAGUAGUGGUAUAGCGUCAGGGUCAGCAAAAAGCUCAAAGAGCAAGGGAUAUAAUUCAAGACCAUCAUCUAGAGGAUCAUUGACGAACUCGUCCCUUGAUGAUGUUUGUCUAUACUUGGAUGAUGAAGAUAGCACUAGCGAUAAAAUGUGGCCAGAUAUCAGUGUUCUGGAAGAGUUCUCGAAAGAAGAAACUGAAAAACUCAGAAAGCAAGCAGUCGACGAUGCUGAAGAAUUUCACUUUCAAUAUGAUGAUGAAGACGAAGGCGAUGAGGAUUCAAAUUUAAAUGGGCGCGAGGGGAUAUUUUUUUCUCAACCAAUCGUUACAGGUAUUGACGUGCCAGAGUUAGGUAACACUAAGGUCAAUGAAGCAGAACAGUUAAAAUCAGGACGUUUGAGACCAAAGAAGCUGGCUCCAUGGCAUUUGAAAAGAUCAUCCUUAUCUUAUAAAACAUCAGAGGCCAAAAAUAUGGAUAGUGACCAAAUGCGUGAUAAUUUCCUUGUUGGACGUAAUAUACAAUAUCCACCGCAUAUCGUUUCAAAUAAUCCUGAACAUUUCAGAUUCACCUAUUUUAGAAUUGAUUUAGAUUCAACAAUUCAUUCACCUACGGUUUCUGGAUUAUUGCAGCCCGGUCAAAAAUUUGACGACCUAUUUAUCAGUUCAGUUUAUUCUGAUAAAAUGUCUUCAAAAAAAUCUGAGACACCAUUAACAAAAUCAAGCACACCACAUCAAGGACAACCACAAGCAGGGACACAACUGAUUCAAAAUACAGCAUCUCAUUUACAGCUCAAUAGAUCUUCUUACGGGUUGUCAGGAUUGCAAGCGGAUUUAGAGGAAGAUGAUAUAUCACCAUUUUGGUUAGAUGUUUUAAAUCCCACUGAAGAGGAAAUGAAAGUUUUGAGUAAGGCAUUCGGGAUACAUCCAUUGACAACUGAAGAUAUUUUCUUGGGAGAAGCCAGAGAAAAAGUUGAAUUAUUCAAGGAUUACUAUCUUGUUUGUUUUAGAAGUUUCGAUAUUGUUGCCGAGAGAUAUACUCGUAAAAAGAAGGAGAGGCAGGAAUCAAUAAGUCCAAUGGUUGAGAGGGAAAGUUUGCAUAGAUCACAGAAUUCAACAUCAAAACCUCGCACCAAUUGGUUUCAGUCAAUGUUUCAUAAAAGAAGAAGCUCAACAAACAGGACGGCAACUACAUAUAAUUCAACCUUAACUGCUAGACAUCGUAAAAAUUUAAAGGAGCAGGAGGAAAAGGAAAAAUAUAAAAGGAAAUCUGGUGAUAGAUACAAACCACGUCAAGGUGAAUUAGAACCAUUGAAUGUUUAUAUUAUUGUGUUUCGAACUGGUGUCCUAACAUUUCAUUUUGCUCCAACCCCACAUCCAAUUAAUGUUAGAAGAAGAGCACGUUUGUUGAAGGAUUAUCUAAAUGUCACAUCUGAUUGGAUUGCUUAUGCGUUGAUUGAUGAUAUAACAGAUUCGUUCGCACCAAUGAUUGAAUUAAUUGAAGACGAAGUUUAUAAUAUUGAAGAUGCCAUAUUAAAGAUGCAUCACAGUGAUGAUUCCAGUGAUGAUUCCAGUGAUGAAUCCGAUGAUGGCAGUUCCGAUGGCGGAUCUUUUGGAUUUGACAGAGCAUCGGGUAGAUCAGCCUUCACCAAAACAAGCAGAACAACGGUAUCAUCGUCAAGUAGGUCAAGAUCAACGGGUGAUUCAACAUUCAAUGCCAAUAUUAUCGGUUGGAAGAAAAAAGGUGAUAUGUUGAGACGUAUUGGUGAAUGUCGUAAAAGAGUAAUGAGUAUAUCAAGACUGUUAGGAUCCAAGGCCGAUGUUAUCAAGGGAUUUUCCAAGAGAUGUAAUGAACAAUGGGACGUUGCACCCAGGUCUGAAAUAGGAAUGUAUUUGGGUGAUAUUCAAGAUCAUAUAAUUACAAUGGUGUCAUCUUUGAAUCAUUAUGAAAAACUUCUAAGCAGAUCUCACUCAAAUUAUUUGGCACAGAUCAAUAUUGAUAUGACGAAGGUCAAUAAUGACAUGAACGAUGUUUUGGGCAAGAUUACCAUAUUAGGAACUGUCGUUUUGCCCAUGAACGUCAUCACCGGUCUCUGGGGUAUGAACGUUUUGGUACCUGGUCAAAAACGAGAUUCAUUAACCUGGUUUAUCAGCAUUUUUGCAAGCAUGGUGCUUCUCGCUUAUACUGCUUAUGUUUAUACGAAGAGAAAAUUUGGGUUUUAA